CUUUCCGCUUUUCCUCAUCGUGUUACUUGCAUGACCUCUUUAAUUUUAUUUUACAAUCUAUAUAACGGUAACAAUUGUAAAAAGUAACCUGUACAGAUACGCGUAGGCCGUAAUUCCAUGUAAAUACGUGGAAGCUAAUAAAAUUUAAUAGUGGAUACUUCGUGACAUACAACGCAAUGGAAGUUAACAUAGAACAGAGGGAUAUGGAAACUAUGGAGGCUUCAGAAGAUAGUGCAAAUAAUCAAAAUCAGAACAUUUUAGAUUGCGAAGAAGCGGUGUAUAGUAUUGUAAAGUAUCGAUACUUUUCCUGACUUAAUCUCUUUUAAUGCCUGUCGUAUCGAUUAUUACUGACGUGUAUAUAUAUAAGCUGGUCACUUGACGUUUUAAAAUAGCGUCUGAGGUACCGAAUAUUAUUUUGAAUCACGCAUCCCACGCGGUAUCCGUAUAUCCAAAUGACGCGAUUUAUUUGCGUAACCAUGCUAAUUCAAUUAUCACGUGUAAGACGGCAAUGUACAAAGACAAAAUCGUACGGACAGAAUCUUAAGACAUCGCUUUGAAAAAUUUAUCUUGCGAUUUUACUUUUGUAUGCUUCAUCCAAGUACAUAUACUGAAAAAUAAGAAGUAUAUAUGUGCGUGUCUAUUAAAAUUUAUUGAGUAAGAUCGCGCGAAAUAUUAUAUCGGAUAUAUAUUAUAAAUCUACUGCGUGUUAUAAUUAGAAUUCAGCUCGUCCACAUCAUCGCGAAAAUCGUAUGUUUCACGGUAACAUGUGAAUAUUAUACAUUGGGGAUUUCUUUGGAAACCUUGAGCGAGUUAUCAGUGUGGCAUUUCCAUUAACAAGCUUGUCGCGGUAAAAUUACAGGGCCGGUUUGCGUGGCAUGCAAUUUACACGCGUGACUUUCUUUUUUUCUACGUGUUCCUCGAAAUUUAUUCGCUACUAUAAUUAUUAUUAUUAUUAUAGUUUUUCUUUUUGCCAAAUCAGAUAUCCUUCUCGAAACUUUCUUGAUGCUUUCGAAAUUGGACUACCCGUCUACUUCUUCGCGAUGAAUUCAACAGGCGCGGCUAAAUUGCAUCGCUCCGUGCGCAACCAGGAAAUUUUCCGCUGCCACUUAUGAACCGAUCGAGAAUACGUAAUGCAAAAGUAUCUACGUAUAAGACGCGGUGGUGUUAACUAGGGGACAGAUGUCCGCCGCUAUAAAAGUCGCGGCCGGAAUUGUUCGCAGCCUUGUCGCUUUAAAAUGUCGCGCACCGCCUCACCAGCUCGGCCCCUCUGGCCGUCCUACGUCGCAUUCCUAUUAUUUGUAUUAAUAUUAACGUCGAUGACGCUGCAACGAGUGGGUGCCGGCCCUUUGCCGCAGAAAUACGAAAACCCGACGACCGAGAGUUCGACGGAAAAUUCGGUAGCCAGCACGACGGGGAUCUCGACGGACAGCAGCACGACGGGCAGUUCGACGGAAAAUUCGAUAGUUAGCACGACGGAAAAUUCGACAAACAGCUCGACGGAAAAUUCGGUGGACAGCUCGACGGACAAUUCGACGGAGAUCGCAUCCAACACCGACGUAUACGUGAUAAAAGCUGUAGUUUACGAGAUUGGAAUUCUCACGGACACGGAUAACACAACGAGUAGCGAAAGCACCGAAAGACAAGAGAGCGUCGACAUAUCGUUGUACAGUGCACCGCAGGAAGAUAAAUUCUAAUUCUAAUGGAAUUCUUCCACCUCGGGACGAGUACGACUGAAUUUUGGAGUCACACAAUUAGACGCGUUUAUGGAUCAGGAGCGAGAAGUAAAAUGUGAAACGUAAAGACUGCGCAAUAUAUACGACGACGAUGCUAUCGGGCUAGACGUGCAUAGUAAAUUAUUAAUUAUACAUAUAAGAUAUAGAACGUAUAAAAGUAACGCAGAAUGCGAUGUACGCAAUUUAUAAGUUUCGAUAUUAAAUCUGUAAUGCUGUGA